GCAGGAAUGUCGGCAUUGGAUCCAGUUUUAAGGUCGGACUUAACCGCGUUGGGAAUUAGCUGCAACCGUCAACAUGCCGUCCAAGCCUGCCCCGAUCAAGAAGGCGGCUAAGAAAGAACCAGCCAAGAAGGAGGAGGAGAAGGCUCCUGAGGCUGCUCCAGCCGAGGCCGCCCCGGCCCCCGCUGAGGGGGAAGCUGCACCUGCUGAGGCUGCUGCUCCUGCCGAGGGAGAGGCCCCUGCUGCCCCGCCAGCUGAGGAGCCCACCCCUCCACCCGCAAAUGCUCCCGCUCCUGCUACAGAAGAAACACCCGCUGCUGCUGAGGCCCCUGCUGAUGCUGCCGCUCCCACAGAAGAAACACCACCUGCUGCCGCUGCUGAAGCCCCUGCCGAUGCUGCUGCCGCCCCAGCCGCAGAGGAAGGUGCUCCCGCUGCUGACGCCGAAGCACCUGCUGAUGCUGAAGCUCCUGCACCAGAAGAGCCUAAAGCGCCCACGCCUCCACCACCCCCACCCAAAGAGCCCACAAGUGCCCCAGUGGAUCUGUUUGUUGAGGAUAAGAAUGACACUUCAGUCACCAUCAUUUGGAGCCAGCCAGAGGUCGUCGGCGAUUCCGGUCUGGAUGGAUACACCAUUGAAGUCUGCAAGGAUGGAACUGAGGACUGGAAAGCAGUCAAUGAGGAUCUGCAGAAGUCCUGCCGCUACGUUAUCAAGAACCAGACCACCGGUGACCGUCUGAAGAUCCGUGUGGUGGCUGUGAAUGCUGGCGGCCGUAGCCCGCCUGUCGCCCUCCCCGAGGCUGUCCUGGUGAAGGAGGUCGCUAAUCGUCCCAAGGUCCGCCUGCCACGUUUCCUCAGGCAGAGAUACGUCGCUCAAGUUGGAGAGAAGAUCAACCUGAGCAUCCCCUUCACAGGUAAACCCAAACCUGUAGUCACCUGGACAAAGAAUGGGCAGCCCCUGGACACAAAGAGGGUGAACAUCCGCAGCACUGACAGAGACAGCAUCCUGUUUAUCCGUACAUCCGAGAGAGAGGACUCUGGCGUGUAUGAGAUGUGUGUGAAGGUGGAGGACUUCGAAGACAAGGCUUCACUCAUCCUUCAAAUUGUUGAGCUGCCGGGGCCUCCCGCCAGUGUGAAGAUUGUGGAUACCUGGGGCUUCAAUGUUGCUCUGGAAUGGACUGCACCCAAAGACAAUGGAAACACAGAAAUCACAGGUUACACAGUCCAGAAGGCUGACAAAAAGACUGGAGACUGGUUCACUGUGUUGGAUCAUUACCACAGACUGAAUGCCACUAUCUCUGACCUCAUCAUGGGCAACGUCUACAAGUUCAGAGUGUUUUCUGAAAACAAGGUUGGAGUAAGCGAGAGCGCUACCGUUGCAAAGGAGGAGGCCAAAAUCUUGAAGACAGCUAUUGACUACAAGCCUCCUGAGUACAAGGAACGCGACUAUACCGAGGCGCCCAAGUUCACCACCUCUCUGAGUGACAGAGCCGCCACUGUCGGCUACAGCACCAAGCUGCUGUGCUCCGUCAGGGGAUUCCCAAAACCCAAGGUUAUAUGGAUGAAGAACCAGAUGAUUAUUGGAGACGACCCCAAGUACAGGCAGGUUUGCGUCCAGGGAAUCUGCACUCUGGAGAUCCGUAAGCCUGGUAACUUUGACGGAGGUGUGUACUCCUGCAAAGCCAAGAACACUCUCGGAGAAGCAACUGUCAGCUGCAAGCUGGAGGUCAAACAACCAGCGGUUCCAGAUGCAGAGAAGAAAUAAGUCAACAUUCACAUUCUCACAGGUCAGAAAUGGGAGCAGAAGGAAUGAGGUCUUUGCAGCAUAAGGGAGGUGCUGGAUACCUGGAAGAACAUGUAUAUAUGGAUGGUGACCACGCUACCCUGUGUUAUGAUGAACAAUUGUUGUCUCUUCAUGCCUUUAUCGUUAAGUCCAUAUCCGUGUCCACAAUCAGCUUUCCCCAACGAUACUGUCCAUGAUAACUAAAUCAUCUCGUCAGUCUAACUAGGUGUACACCAAGACUUCUA